AUUCUCAUCAAUUCCCUCCUUCACAAUGUCUGCUCCCGCCAACAAGUUCAAGGUCGCCGACCUGUCCCUGGCCGCCUUUGGCCGCAGGGAGAUUGAACUCGCCGAGAACGAGAUGCCCGGUCUGAUGGCCAUCCGCCAGAAGUAUGCCGCCGACCAGCCUCUGGCCGGUGCCCGCAUUGCUGGCUGCCUGCACAUGACCAUCCAGACGGCCGUCCUCAUCGAGACGCUCGUUGCUCUGGGUGCCGAGGUCACCUGGACCAGCUGCAACAUCUUCAGCACCCAGGACCACGCCGCUGCCGCCAUUGCUGCCGCCGGUGUGCCCGUCUUUGCCUGGAAGGGCGAGACCGAGGAGGAGUACAACUGGUGUCUGGAGCAGCAGCUCAGCGCCUUCAAGGACGGCAAGAAGCUGAACCUGAUCCUCGACGACGGCGGCGACCUGACCUCGCUCGUCCACUCCAAGUACCCCGAGCAGCUCAAGGACUGCUUCGGCGUCUCUGAGGAGACCACCACCGGUGUCCACCACCUGUACCGCAUGCUCAAGGAGGGCAAGCUGCUGGUCCCUGCCAUCAACGUCAACGACAGCGUCACCAAGUCCAAGUUCGACAACCUGUACGGCUGCCGCGAGUCCCUGAUUGACGGCAUCAAGCGUGCCACCGAUGUCAUGAUUGCCGGCAAGGUUGCUGUCGUCGCUGGAUUCGGAGAUGUCGGCAAGGGCUGUGCCCAGGCCCUGCACGGCAUGGGUGCCCGCGUCCUCGUCACCGAGAUUGACCCCAUCAACGCUCUCCAGGCUGCCAUGGCCGGCUACCAGGUCACCACCAUGGAGAAGGCCGCCGCCAUUGGCCAGAUCUUCGUCACCACCACCGGCUGCCGUGACAUCCUGACUGGCGCCCACUUCGAGGCCAUGCCCAACGACGCCAUUGUCUGCAACAUUGGCCACUUCGACAUUGAGAUUGACGUUGCUUGGCUCAAGGCCAACGCCAAGUCUGUCCAGAACAUCAAGCCCCAGGUCGACCGCUUCACCAUGGCCAACGGCCGCCACAUCAUCCUCUUGGCUGAGGGUCGUCUGGUCAACCUUGGCUGUGCUACCGGCCACUCUUCCUUUGUCAUGUCCUGCUCCUUCUCCAACCAGGUCCUUGCUCAGAUUGCUCUGUACAAGGCCGCCGACAAGGCCUGGGCCGACAAGUACGUUGAGUUUGGCAAGACUGGCAAGCUCGACGUCGGCGUCUUUGUCCUCCCCAAGGUCCUGGACGAGGAGGUCGCCAAGCUGCACCUGGCUCACGUCCAGGCUGAGCUGACCACUCUCACCCCUGUUCAGGCUGAGUACCUCGGUCUUACUGUCGAGGGUCCCUACAAGGCCGAGAUCUACCGCUACUAAGCAUUUUUCAUGUAUUCAUACCCAAAGGAUCCUUCAACUGGACUCCUACGUGUAACGACAUCCCUUCCGGAUUUAUGACCCGGAUAAUGGGAAAACUUGUGAUUUCAACAGCAUCAUGAACCGGCAAGGGGCAUAUAAAUGGGCAAGGAUAAAAUAAAAGCCCAUGGGAUUUUAUUGGUAUUUCUUUUUUUUUUUAUUGUUUUCGUUUUGAUAUUUUUCUUUCCUCAUGGACUCUUUUUUGGAAGUUCUCGCUGGGCGGAUGGUGGGGCAGAAAAGAAACUGGCCUUUUCAACAAAAACGGCGUCGGGUAAAUUUACUUUUGCUAAUGAUGAUUCCCCCCAUGGCGAGAGGAUAUAUAUGCGAAUAUAAAAAAACAUAGCGCAUGAUACAGAUGGGCUCAAGCUCGGAAAGGGCGAGAUGGGCACAUUUGGAGAAGGCCCGUCAACCGCGGCUGAAGAGAGAUUUACUAGCUAUAGAAAAUGUGGAAUACAUAUGCGGGCAGUUUUUUAGCCCUGGCUGAGUA